AUGGCCAUUUACCUUUCUCAUCCUAGCAACAUCUUCGACCCCAGGCCAUAUUUCUCAUCUUCGGGAGACAUUAACAUCUCUCUCUUUCGCGACCAAAAAAAGUGUACUCAUCUUGCGCAAUUGUCAACGAAAGCUCCACCAACUUCCAACAACACUUCCAACAACACAAUGGACCAAUCUAGCCAAGUUGCCCCAUCUGGGCGUGCAGAUUCUCCUUCCACAUUGAGCGACGCCCAACAGCCGGCCCCUUACCAACCCAUGGGUGAGCACAGAGUCCUCUUUCGUCGAAUAGCCGUGAACGUUUGA